UCGUUGCUAUAGAAAUACUGCCUACAACAUGCAGCAGCUCGGAGUAUAGCUUCAGAAAGCGCAGUGUGAAUAUUUCCCUCUGUUUAACAGCGAACAGACCGCGAGUAUCACCCUUCCUUUACUCAGAAAUCUCCGUUACAGUGUGAGGAAGCGGGCUGAGCGGCUGGAGCGGUUCUGGAGCCUCGGUCUGGGCGAAUGAGCGCCGUGUUUUUGGCGGCAGUGGUUGGAGGAGCGGAGCAGCGCCAGGUGGUUAGCAGCAGUGAAGCUAACACAACCUGCGGGCGAUUCGUGCGCUUACAGCUCAGAGAAAAGAAUGUAGAAGAGGACCUCAACCCUUCCAACAAAUUUCUCCUGAUUCCUGUACGCACCUCAAACUGUCAUGUCUUCAGAAUUGACCAUUGACAUCCAGCUAACAGAGCUGGGCUUCUCAAGCUGGGAUUUUCAGCUGUUGAAGCAGAAGGAGUCGCCUCAAACGCAAGAUGCUGCUCCAGGCCUUGAAGCAACUACUGAACCUGCAUCUGCUGAAGAUGAAGAACCAGGUGUUUCAUUGGGACAGAAUGCUCAUGUUGCCAGUCAGAGCUCUUCACCUAGCAUUCAGCAAUCAGACUCUCAGACUGAGACUGAUCAAAUUCAGCCUGAUCCAAUAGAAGCACCUGCAGAGGAGAAGGAAAGAAAUCUAGGGCAAAUAAGUGGAGGUGGCUCACAAAUUGAGCCAGAUGGAAAUGGAACAAGGCCUGAUGAGCAGAAAGGAAUGAGACGGACAGAUGGGAACUGGGAGAUUGAUGUCGAUGUUGAUGUUGAUGUUGACAUUGACGUUGAUGAUGAUGAUGUUAAUGAUGAAGAGGAAGACGAAGAAGAUGAUGACCAUAUCGAUGACCUUGAUUUGACAGAAGAUGAAGACAACAGUGUUUUUUCUUCAGACACAAAUGGUACUAAAGAGCAUCGCUGCCAAGUGUGUGACCUCACCUUUUCCUCACAAUUCCAGCUCGAAGAACAUUUGCACGUGCACAAAGGUGUACGUCCGUACUGCUGUUCCGAAUGCGACAAGCAGUUCUGCCACCUAGAGAACUAUCGUGCACAUCUGCGCACCCAUACUACCUACGCCUGCAUUAUAUGUUUGGCCAGAUUCGCGUCGUCGGAUCUCCUGCAGACUCAUCUAGAUAGCAACCACUUCGAGGAGGAGUUUUACCAGUGCGAUUUCUGCAAGCGCAUUUUCGUCAACAUGGAGGAAUGCGAAAAGCACGUGCAGUCGCACCAGCAAGAGGUGAAGCGGUACCCGUGCUCCGAGUGUGACCGCAGUUUUAACCACCAGGGGUCGCUGCGUCGCCACCUCAAGUGGCACAAGAAAAGUGCUUUAAUCUGCACGGACUGCGGCCAGGCCUUCUCCAAGAAGAACUACCUGCUGCGUCACAGCUUUGUUCACCUGGGCCUUCUGCCGUACACCUGCGUCCACUGCAAGAGACACUUUCGCCUAGCGUCGCUGUACCGCAAGCACCAGUGUAAGCCCGAGAGCAUCCAGUGUGUGGCGUGUCUGGUUGUCUUCAAAAGUAAAGAUGACUUUGAGAAUCACAAGAAAAACACAGGCUGCUGGGGUCAUCAGAUGGCCACGUCUCUGAAGACGAACGAUAUCCGCUGCAUGGAGUGUGGAGAAAUCUUCGCCAACACGGAGGAACUGAAGAAGCAUGCCGGAACGCAUCAGAGGAUCAUGAAGUGCUCCGAAUGUGGAAUGGGAUUCCGCUCCUCGCUCAUGCUGAUGUCGCACAUGGGAGGCCACGCGGCCGUUCGUCCGUGCCUCUGCAAGGAGUGCGGCUUGGGCUUCCCACAUCAGCAUGCCUAUGACAGCCACCUUAAAACCUGUGGGUUGGUGAGCCCACCUGAGCCGUCUGCAAAGAAGCCAAAGCCGCAGCCCCCUCCUUUCAAAAAGAAGGAGAGUACCGAUUCUUCUAAAAGCAAAGUUCUCCAAGUGAUCACUCUAGACCAGCAAAAGAAAGUUUUACAGGGUGUUCCCCUGCAGACGGUUGCUUCUCUAAGUAACCAAGCAAAGCCUUCAGAGGGUCAGUGGACGCUUGUCCUGGAUAAAGACAGUAAUUCUGGUAAUGUCCCUCUUGUCAUGUUUCUGCCAGGGCCCAUCCCGUCUGCCUCCAAGUCCAGCCAGAGUCCACCGAAAAUUGUAACCACCUCUGCGGUGUCUGAGAAGCUCCUGUCUGUUCCGCAGAUCAUUGAUGUUCCUUUAGCUUCGACAAGCCAAGCUGCAAAAUCAGACAAACCAGUUUUGUUAAAAAGCCUGGCGAGUCCUGCUGCGAAUGUUCUGAUACCUUUGACGACUGGUGUGAAUCGUCCUAAAAUGAGAUGGACCGUAUUAGAUGACCAAAUCACAUCUGGAUCAUUGAUCAAUGGAGCAGCUCCUGUUGAAUUAAAGCAGAUAUUAAACAUUUCACAGGCCAAUACAGGGGGCAAACAGACAAUUGGGGUUUUGUCAAACUUGAGCGAAGAGGUCUUAAACAGCUUGCAAAAGACCAAAGCUUGCUCAAACCUUCCAAGCUCAUCCACAGAUGGAGCACACAAUCAAGAGACACCUUUAUGUUUAGUGAAGGUCAAGACUGAACGAGAUGAUCAGUCCAGUAAACAGACUGCUGGGUUAGAUGUGGGAAGAAGCUCUUCAUUGAACACUGCUCAAUACACUAGUGCUGCCCUGUUAACACCAAACAUCAAAAAGGAGCCUGAACAAUGGGAUGAGCACGGAAGCUCUGAAGCGUCUCCUCACGGAUCGGACCAGGUGAAUAAGGAUCUCGCGCAGUGUGACGUUUGUGGAGUAGUUCUUUCAGAUAAAGACAUGGUCCACCACGUUAAGGAGCAUUCGACAUGUUCUGAUCGAACAUCUCCAACCUCUGUUUCUCAUCUUUCUCCAUCUCCUGAACCACCGUGCAAGAAAAUACACCUAGGCUAAAUUUAGCACUGGUCUUGUGGCGAUAUUAAUUGUGAAUAAAUAGAGCAGGUAGGAAACUUCA